GCGCGAUCUUUGUCGAUGACACGUGGCGGCGUUCCAGCGGCCAAGAUUUGCUUCUCUACAGUUGGCCAGAUUUUUGGUUUCUUGGUAGUACGGAGUAAAUAUUCUAGGCUGUGGCGCGCCGCGGCUAUGGUGGACGGCGAGGCGCUAGGGCGCGCAUUCGUCCAGAGGACGCCCGAGAAGUGGGAGCUCAAUCAGUACUGGUACUCGGCCGCCACCAUCGCCGCCAUUGUCAAGGAAGUCGAAGAGCGCGCUACCAAGGCCGCGUUUCUCUCCACUCCCAGCGUCUACUUCUCGCUCAAGGAUUUGCAGCUCAGGAAAUGUAGCUUCGUUUUCGAUGUGGACGCGCAGUGGUCUCGAUCGCCAAACUACGUGAAAUGGGAUUUCAACAAGCCCAAGGAAAUCCCAGAGGCUUUCCACCAUAGCUUCGAUUUCGUGGUGAUUGAUCCUCCCUUCAUCACGUCGGAGGUGUGGACCAAGUACGCAGAGGCUGCUCGAUUGCUCCUAGCAGAAAACGGAAAAAUUCUGCUGAGCACGAUCAUGGAGAACUCGCAGCUCCUGGAACGAAUGCUGGACGUGAAACCGCAGGUGUUCCAGCCGUGCAUUCCACACCUUGUCUACCAGUACGUGUUCUUCACGAACUACGACGCCACUAACCUGGGUGUGCCCAACCCCGAGGUAGAGCAAUAACAUAACUUCCAAAUUUUUUCUAGGGUUCUUGAGAAAGAUGUCCGUCACCCUCACGAUAAUGUAGCCAAAUUCGAGGGGCAUUUUGCAAUUAGAGCAAGUUGGAUAAAAGCAAAUAAUUUUGUGGUAAAACCUUUUUCAUGA